AUGGGUGCGGCCCCGAUGCCACCCCGUCUCCUGCCAAUUGCCUUCAUCGUCUCCCUCGGCGGUUCAUUCCAUUUCGGCUUCCAGCUGGUCAUUACCAACCCGACUCAGUCGGUAUUCCUCGAUUUUCUCUCCGAUUCUCACUACAACCAUUACGGACAUCGGUUGGAAAAGGAGACCCUCGAGACCUUAUGGAGUGUGAUUGUGGCCAUUGUGUUCUUCGGGGCACUUCUCGGAUCGUUUGUGAUGCGAUUCAUUGCUGAAAGACUUGGUCGUCGUGUCGGCCUCCUGGCUGGAAUGUGCCUGUCCCAAAUCGCCGUCGGACUCUCAAUUCUGUCACAUACGAUCACCUCAUAUGAACUGUACACAUUCUCCCGCUUCCUCCUCGGCAUCGCCAUCAGCAUCACGAUGGGCCUGGGCGCGAUGUAUCUCGUCGAGAUCUGCCCGAAGUCUUGUCGCGGCAAAAUCGGCAUGGUCACCGGGACGAUGGUGCAACUUGGCACUGUAUUCGGCUCGAUCAUUGCCCUGCCCCAGAUCCUGGGCACCGAUACGCUAUGGCCGUUGAUCUACGGGUUCGAGCUGAUCUGCCUGGCCAUCCCCUUCCUGGCAAUGUUCAUGCUAUCUGAGAGCCCCAGCUUUCUCGUCAAACGGGGCCAGCACAAGCUCGCUCGAAAGGCCAUCGCCUAUUUCCACUCGAUAACUGAAGACGAGGCCGGUGCUCUCGUUGAUGAAUUGCGGGAUGAGCAAGAAGAGUCAGCCCGAAAGGUGGGAAUGUGCGCAGCAGUGUCGAGGAAGCGUCUCAGGAGACGGGUGUUCGUCGGCAUGGUGGUGGCUUUUGUGAUGGCGUUCUCGGGAAUUGCUGUCAUCAACGGGUAUGCCGUCGAAAUUCUGAUGAACACCGGGCUGAAUCGCCUCAACGCCUCCCUCGCUAACGUCGGGUUCAACCUGCUCAGUCUGUUGGCCAUCUUCUUUGGAGCAAUGAUCGUCGAUAGGUUCGGACGUCGCCCACUGCUUCUGAUCACUUCCGCCGGAAUUCUUUUAACAAACUUGGCCAUGGUUGCUCUGAUGUAUGCCUAUGUGAGCACAAAGGAUCCCCUGUACGGUAUCUUGCUGGUCGUGCUCAUCGGCGUGUUCACCCUAUUCUUUGCGGCGGGACCCGGGCCUCUUUGCUACUUCAUCUCAGCCGAACUCGUCGACACCAAGGCUCGAUCGGCAGCUCAAGCCUGGACUUCAGUCGUGCAGAUGGGAAGCCGAACCCUAUUACUGUCGACGUAUUUGCCGUUGAAAAAUGCGUUCGGCAAUUCGAUGGCCUACCUGAUGCUAUUCGUGGUGCCUGUUCUCGUCUCGAUUGUCGUCCUCUACUAUCGGCUGCCUGAAACGAAAAACAAGACCGCUAGCGAGAUCGUCGAAGCCGAACAGUUGCUGCCCAAAUUGUGCGGCAAGAAGAAGAGCCCCAGCAUGGAGAAUGUGAAUGUCAGCGAGCGGGUC